AACCUCCUUUUGUGCCACUUUCUUCUUCUACUUUGAUUUCUUCUCUUAUCUCUGUUUCAAGUUGUGCGCUGAAAUUAUGAUUCGGGAGAACCAAGAAGAUGUCAAGCAGCCACGAGCUUGCGAACUGUGUCUGAACAAACACGCAGUUUGGUACUGUGCCUCCGAUGAUGCUUUCUUGUGCCAUGUUUGUGAUGAAUCAGUGCAUUCUGCAAACCAUGUGGCGACAAAACAUGAGAGAGUUUGUCUUAGAACAAAUGAGAUAUCGAAUGAUGUGCUUCGGCGAACAACAUUAACCCCGGUGUGGCACAGCGGGUUCAGAAGAAAAGCAAGAACACCUAGAGUCCGGUGUGAGAAAAAGCCACAACAAAAGAUAGAUGACGCGAGAAGAAGAGAAGAUCCUCGUGUUCCCGAGAUUGGAGGCGAAGCGACGUUUUUCAUACCAGAAGCAAAUGAUGAUGAUGAUAUGACUUCUCUUGUGCCAGAGUUUGAGGGAUUCACAGAGAUGGGAUUCUUCUUGUGCAACCACAAUGGUACUGAAGAAACAACGAAACAAUUCAACUUUGAAGAAGAAACUGACACAGUGGAGGAUCUAUAUUACAAUGGAGAAGAAGAAGAAGCUAAAACUAACGGAGCUGAAGCAUGUCCUGGACAAUCUUUGAUGAGCUGCAAAAAAGAUUACGACAAUGUCAUUACGAUUUCAGCAAAGACAGAAGAAAGUGAAGAUUACGAGAGUAAUGCAAAGCAGAGGAACAUGUUACUUAAACUUAAUUACGAAAAUGUUAUAGCAGCUUGGGAUAAACAAGAAUCUCCAAGAAGAAACCAAACUGAGUUUAACAACACAAGUAACUUCCAGUUAGUUCCUCCAGGGAUAGAGGAGAAGAGAGUAAGCAACAGAAGUGAGAGAGAAGCUAGAGUUUGGAGAUACAGAGAUAAAAGGAAGAAUCGUUUGUUCGAGAAGAAGAUAAGGUACGAGGUUAGAAAGGUUAACGCCGACAAAAGGCCGAGAAUGAAAGGUCGAUUUGUCCGAAGAUCUUUAGCCACCGAAUCUUAGGAUCGAAUUCUCUCAGUUUCUUCUCCUUUGUGUCAAAUAAAAAAGGCUAUUACUG